GUACCAAUCACAUACAUCGACAAAAACAAUAUUCGGUGACGGUUUACCUGAUGCUGAGAAAGGGCAACAAGGAAUUCCGGGAAUUGUUUCAAAUACGACAUUGAACCAAUAUCGGUACAAGUUUCUCACAAUUUUUGGUGAGAUUAUGUGGAAUCGUGGGUAG